CCCCCUCGGCUCUCCCGGCAGGAGCGCGGGCACCUGCGCGGCGCCGGGUGAAGGCGAGCGCCUCGGCGAGCCCUCUGCAGCGGAGCCCCCUGCCCAUUUGGUUUUGGAACCCCUGGGAGGAACUGGGCCAUUCUACCACCUGUUGCUACCAUGCUGGCCACCCGCCUCUCCAGACCCCUGUCACGGCUCCCAGGAAAAACCCUAAGUGCCUGUAAUAGAGAAAAUGGAGCAAGAUGCCCACUAUUGCUUGGUUCUACUUCCUUCAUCCCGACUGGCCGUCGGACUUAUGCCGCUGCAGUGGAGCCGGUUGGCAGCAAAGCUGUCCUGGUCACAGGCUGUGACUCUGGAUUUGGGUUCUCGUUGGCCAAGCAUCUACAUUCAAAAGGCUUCCUUGUGUUUGCUGGCUGCUUGAUGAAGGACAAAGGCCAUGAUGGGGUCAAGGAGCUGGACAGCCUAAACAGUGACCGACUGAGAACCGUCCAGCUCAACGUCUGCAGCAGUGAAGAGGUGGAGAAAGUGGUGGAGAUCGUCCGCUCGAGCCUGAAGGACCCUGAGAAAGGUCGGGCACCCCUUCGGGCGGCAGGGGUUGUGUAUGCGGCCAUUCCAAGGGGCAACAUCUGUUUAAGAAUUAACAGGCAGAGCCAGCGCUCCUGUCCCAUUAAGAAAAGGCAGGAUGGGUCCCGCUGGGAUGAUUACCAGCUCAGAACCUGCAGCCUGCUUCACCCCUCCCUGGUGUGUGGGUUUUGUGGUGAUUUAAAAUGCCCAGGGAAAGGCAUCAUCACCGGAGACCCGAGCAGAGAACGCACCAGGCGGGGCUGCUCAGGCUGGCGGUCCUUGUCCCCUGCCCCCUGCCCCCUGCCUCUGGGGCAGAACCACUUCCGCUCUGUGUACUGGACUGGCCAGGUGGCGCCCUCCCGGAGCGUUCCCACCGCUGCGGCCGCCACCGACCCACACCCCACGCAGGACCUGUCAGAAGGGCCCUCUCCCCCUUGCCCCGCCGAGGGGGCACAUUUGAAUGGCGAGUUUGAUGCCCUGCAGCCUGGCUCUGUGGAACAGUUGCUGCUAAAGCCCAGGGAGCCAGGCACGGUGGGGGGCGAGAUGAAGAAGAUUGUCUGCGCCGGCAUCUCCACGUUCGAGGAGGUGGGAGUUCACCCAGCAUGGGAGACCUGCAAGGAGGUGGCAGAAGUGAACCUUUGAGGCACAGUGCACAAAUCCUUUCUCCCCCUCAUCCGAGGCCAAAGCAGCUCCAACGUCCACAACACAGCAAGGGUGGCCCCAGGGCCUGUGCUGGGCCUGGGUGAAGGAUGGGCGCGUUCCUUCCGGUACACACCUGGAUGGGCAGCGUUCCUUCGGGUACACACCUGGAUGGACCCGCGUUCCUUCGGGUACACCUGGAUGGACGCCUUCCCGGAGUACACACCUGGAUGGGCGGCGUUCCUUCCGGGUACACACCUGGAUGGGCAGCGUUCCUUCCCGGGCCAUCUGAGGGCUCCUCAGCUGCAGCCCCAGGUACUUCCUCCUCUGCGCUCCAACCCCUAUUGCCAGUGUUGCGAUCAGUCAAGCCCGCUCCCGUCUUUUUGCAUCACCAGAUUCGGGGUAGAGGCUUUUCGGACUACCUGCGCUGAGAUGCUCCUGGGCGUGAAGGUCAGUGUGGUGGAGCCCGGCCUUCAUCGCUGCCACCAGCCUCUCUAGCCCGAGAGCAUUCGGGCCAUCGCCAGAAGAUGUGGAACUGAGCUGCCUGAGGUCGUGCGCAAGGUCGGCUUAAAGUGCUGAUGAAAGAUCGCCAAGAUGAGACCUACCAGCAGUGGCUCACAGAACCAUCUAUCCAUCGAUGCUGUCACACACGCCCUGACCGCCCACCACCCCUACUUCCACCCCAUGGACUACUACUGGUGGCUGCGAAUGCAGAUCAUUACCCACUUGCCUGGAGCCAUCUCCGACGCAGUCUACAUCCGCUGAAGUCUCUCUGUGGCCUCUGUCAGGGGAUCCCUGGUGGAAGGGAGGAGGAGGGGAACCCAUAUAGUCAACUCUUGAUUAUCCACGUGUGGAUUAUCCACCCUCCCGGGAAGACCCAUGACUGGUUUAACAUUAACCAAAGGGAAUAACCCAACCUGACUUGUUUGCACAGUGAGUGACUUAGAGGCCUUCACAAGCUUGGGGUGUGGGUAGCAGGCAAGGGCCUCUCAAUCUCAGGGCAAACAUGGUAAGAUCUGUCUCUCUGGAGAUCAUUUCAUACAGAGAUUUUGAGAAAAGAUCUUUAUAUUAAAAACAGAUUUAUUAUA